AAUUAUUUAAACGAAAUUACAAAGUUUUGUCACAAUUUUUUGGAUUCCUUAUUUCAAAUUGCUGAUGAAUAUUUACAAUUACAAGUACCUGUUUUUGAGGCUUUAAUCCAUUUAUUUUCUUAUAAUGGGGAUUGCCUUUUAAUAAAAGAAAAAUUGGAAGAAUAUAUUCAAAGAAUGUUUUGGCCUAGAGCACAUGAAUUUCUUUUGGAAAAUUUUAUUAGAUGUCUAAAAAACGAUGCAAGUUUCAACAAUUCAAAUAAAAAAUCUUCAACUUCUUCAAUUUCUAAUUUAUCUUCCCAUCAUUCUUUUCAUUCCAACACUACAUUAAAAACAACAUCCUUUACUUCUUUUGUAAAGCCUGAAACAACAGAAGAAGAUAAACAAACAAAUAAACAACAAGAUGAGCAUUUAAUUUGUUUGUUUCGUUCAAUGGGAUUUAUUGUAAAAUUAGCUAUUGCUUCUAAAAACUCAAAAUUAUCAUAUAUACUUCCUGUGGAUAAUUCAGAUGAAUCCAUCGAUAACUCAACCGAUCAACAAAAAUUUAUUAAUUAUAUCAAUUCGAUUCUCAAAACACUCAUUCAAUUUUUUGGCGGCGAUGAAAAUACCGAUUUAAAUUCAAUAAUCGAAACUUAUCAAAACCCUCAUGUUUUGUCUAAUUUUAAUGUUAUAACAACAACAAAGAUGAGAAAACAUCAAAAUGUUUUGUUAAAAUAUUUACCUUCAUUGAUCUCCACACUCCUUGAAAAUUGCAUUUGUGCAUCUAUUAAUUUAGCGAAUUUUGUCAAAAUAAUCGUCUCAAACGUGUCUGCUAGCAUUACUUCCCAUUAUGAAGAGUUGAUACCUUUCUUGGGUACAAUUAUCAAUUCUGAGCUUUUUAGUGAUUUUAAAAGCCGUUCCUUGCUUUUCGAGCAAUUUGUAGAUCAAUUAUUAUCUCAAAUGCAACCCCUUUCAAUUAAUCGAGAAAAUAACCAAAAGAAUAUUUUGCAAAGACGUGCUUCAAUUACUGCUGUUUUUGUAGAAGAAAAUAGCCAGUCUUUAGGCAAUCAACCUGAAGUUGUUGAAAUCUCUGCAAAAAUUCUUACAGAGCUAAUCGAACGAUUAUUUCCACAUCAAAAAGGCGCCAAUUUUGGACAGAUUGGAACCAAUUCUGAAUUAGAAUUAAUUUUACAAAAAACACUUCGUCCAGUUAUUCAAACAAUGGUCACUUUAUUAGGCGAUCCUCAAUUACAACGACCUCUACAUUCUCUUUUACUCGCUAUUUUGGAUAAAUUAUCUGCACAUCAUUUUUCAAAAUAUUUUUCACAAUUGGAACAUGCUUUGAAUAAGAUUGACGCUCUUUCUGAAAUGCUUCAUAUGUUUCGAGAUCUUCUAUCUCGCUGUCCUGCACCUAAAGAAUGGUCACAAAUUCGUUUAACUCAAACAAAAAUUUUUCUAAAAAUUCUUCGUUUCUCGAGUGCUUAUUUACAACACGAAUUCUCUUCUGAAAUUAAUUUUUCUGGCCAAUUAUGGUUAGAAUGUAUGUAUAGCUGUGUUGCUGUAAUUAAAUGGGCAUGUUUAGAGAAAGGUGGAAAAAUUGUUUUUAUGUUUUCUUUGAUUAGAAAAUUUUUUAGUUUUCUCGAGACAAAAAAGGGAUAA